CGCCAGGCUCCUUCCGCGGCGUGGCAGCGUUUGUCUCUCCUCUCAAAUAAUGGAGCGGGAAGGAGCCCCCUCCCAUUCGCCUUCGUCUCGCCUUCCUUCCCACCAGGCGAAAGCGAGGCCUCUGGAGCGCAGGCGAAAGUCAAGCAACCUUGGCACUCGCCUCCUCAUCAAGGAGCCGGAAAAAUUUUUUACCCCGAGAGCGUUAUGCGCAGCAGAGACUGCCCGGCUACGUGGAAGUGGCCUGUGCGGGUUUUUCUCAUCUACCGCCUUUCAGUCAUGCCACAUGUAUUUUCAGAUUCUUCUGACUGUCAAGGUUGUAGGGCGCUUCGACAGCUUAUGUUUCAGCCCUAACGUCAGACUCUACGUAUCGGGAUGUCUCAGUCUCAGCUAGUGCAGUCGUAGUAGGCCUGUCAAAAACGUGUCAAAAGCUUAUGCUACCUCUUGAAAUAUUUCAGCCAUGACUAAAAGAGAAGCAGAAGAACUAAUAGAAAUUGAAAUAGAUGGAACUGAGAAACAAGAAUGCACUGAAGAAAGCAUUGUUGAACAAACAUAUACUACGGCAGAAUUUGUGAGUCAAGCCAUUGAUAUCAAUGAACCAGUUGGGAAUCUAAAGAAACUGCUAGAACCAAGACUUCAGUGUUCUUUGGAAGCACAUGAAAUCUGUCUGCAGGAUAUACAGCUGGAUCCAGAUCGUAGUCUCUUUGAUCAAGGUGUCAAAACAGAUGGAACAGUGCAGCUUAGUGUCCAAGUAAUAUCAAGACAAGGAAUAGAACCAAAGUUAAAUAUCCUUGAAAUUGUAAAGCCAGUGGAAACUGUUGAAGUAGUGAUUGACCCAGAUGCCCACCAUACUGAAACUGAGGCACACCUUGUUGAAGAAGCUCAAGUGAUAACACUGGAUGGAACAAAACAUAUUGCUACCAUGUCUGAUGAAACUUCUGAACAAGUAACUCGGUGGGCUGCAGCACUAGAAGGUUACCGUAAAGAACAAGAACGCUUAGGAAUACCCUAUGACCCAGUACAGUGGUCAACUGAUCAGGUACUUCAUUGGGUAGUGUGGGUGAUGAAGGAGUUCAGCAUGACAGACAUAGACCUCAAUACUCUUAGCAUUCCUGGGAGAGAACUGUGUAGCCUCAGCCAAGAGGACUUCUUCCAGCGGGUUCCUCGGGGGGAAAUUCUUUGGAGCCAUCUGGAGCUUCUUCGAAAAUAUGUGUUGGCUAGCCAAGAACAUUCUGGAGAAAUAGCCACAGUUACUAUAGAUCAACCUGUGCAAAUUAUUCCAGCAUCUGUACAGCCUUCCACGCCAACCACCAUUAAAGUCAUAAACAGUAGUGCAAAGGCAGCAAAAGUGCAGAGAGCACCAAGGAUUUCAGGAGAAGAUAGAAGCUCACCUGGUAACAGAACAGGCAACAACGGCCAGAUUCAGUUAUGGCAGUUUCUGUUGGAGCUUCUGACCGAUAAAGAUGCCCGAGACUGCAUUUCUUGGGUUGGUGAUGAAGGAGAAUUCAAACUAAACCAGCCAGAGCUUGUUGCACAGAAAUGGGGUCAACGUAAAAAUAAACCAACAAUGAACUAUGAGAAGCUCAGUCGUGCUUUACGGUAUUACUAUGAUGGAGACAUGAUCUGCAAAGUCCAAGGCAAGAGGUUUGUGUACAAGUUUGUCUGUGACUUGAAGACUCUCAUUGGGUAUAGUGCAGCAGAGCUGAAUCGGUUAGUCACAGAGUGUGAACAAAAGAAACUUGCAAAGAUGCAGCUCCAUGGCAUUGCACAACCAGUCACAGCAGUUGCACUGGCUACGGCAUCUCUGCAAACAGAAAAAGAUAACUAAGUUCUAGGACCUAAAAGCUUGGAAGCACGAGGCCUUUCUUGUAUACUGAGCAGUUUCUGGUCUUAAAAUGGGAGCUAGUUUUAUUCCUUGGCAGUACAAUAUGAUGCAUGGUUUUUCUACAGAGAACUGAGGCUCCCAUACAUUUGGAUCUUUUUUCACUUAAAUAUAUUUCAUGUAUGUUAAGGGCGCUCCACAGAUUCUUCAACAUGAAGACAAGGCAAGUAGUCUGGAAUUGGUAAGAAAAACUAACUUUGGUGCCAUGUCAUGCCCUCCUGAGGAAUUUUCCAGCGUUUUAAGAGAGCAAAACAUUUACACAACAUAAACCAGUUAUUAGUUUAUUUCUCUGCACUUCUAUUCUUAAGCUACCAGAUGAAAUGUAAUAUAUUCCUAGAGAUAGAGCAGCUUCUCUUAGCCAUGCUCAUUAUUAUGUAAGCAUGCCAGGCUGUAAGAAACACACUGAAAAGUACCAUGCUCCAAAAGUGAUCUCUGUCUUCAUUAGCAAAUGAAUUAUAAUAUAAGCAGAACUGCAGACAGCUGCUGAAGAGAGAGAUACAAGUUUAAGCCAGUGAGGUCAAAAACCAAUUAUGACUAUUUUGAUAUAAUAUAAAAUGUGUGAAUUUGAGGGAAAGUGCUUGACUAUCUUGAGAGACCUUGCUGAGCUUAAUGUCUGGAACAGAGAGGUUUUCUGCAUUUUUCCUUUUAGGAGAUAAAAAACUUGAAAUGCUGUCUCUCAUCCAAAGAAUAGGUUUUGCUUUUAUGUAAUCUACACUGCAGAGUAUAUCAGCUGAUUCUGUUUAUACUUGCACUGUAGUUGACUUUGAACUGAAGACUUAAGUUAAUCACAGAGACAAAUCCCUUCCUGUUGAGGAACAAAACAUAAUCUGAAGCUAAAUUGAUAAAAAAUAUGAAGUUUGACUUCCCUAUGUUAUAGACUACUGUAUUAAAAUAAAGAAAAAUGCAAUUUCUUUCUUUAAAUUACUUGGUUUCCAAGUGGUUAUUUUGGUGCUUUGGAAAUAAAAGAGUGUGUAUUCAGACAUAGUUUAGUACCUUUGGGGCACUAUCCAGUGGAGCUGCCAAUAAUCCUCCAAACUUGGUGGAUUACAGGUAUCCAGUGGAGGCCAAGAGGAAUGCAGAACCUAGGAUUCUCCCUGUAACUCCCCUUGUAUUCAAAAACAUAUACCCCCACACUUAAUGAGGAGCAGAGGCUGAGGCACUGUGUCCUUUGGAGGAUGACAGUGCUUCAGUCUCCCCUUCUUUGAGAAUGUGCAGGCAGUCUGUGCUGUCUCUGAAUAUGGUCUUCCAUCUUUGGAGCAAAGAAGGAAUUUUGUCAGGUUUAAGGGCAGAGUAGUGGGGCUCUGAGGUCAAGAGUCCCAGAUCUAGCCUAAGAAGGUUUUUCCUAUGUCAGACCUGUAACUAUCUUUAUCCCAAACAUUGCUCCAAAGUUAUUUCCAGUUUAAAUCCAAGUAUACAAAUCCUAGUGCUUUCUUUGGCUCUAUAAGGAUAUUUAUAGUCCCUUAUAAAAUCUGGAAAGCACAUUAAUGGAUAUAUAUUCAUUUUUUCACCUUACACUUGUGUGGUGUAAAUAUGUCCUGGAUGCAUGCAGGCUUCUCACUGAAUCAUCAUAACUAACAGAAGAAACAAACUAUAAAUACCACUUAACUAUUAGUGAACUUGCAAAGGUUAAACAGAAUCUUCAUCCUUUAUGACCAAAUGAAGAGUUCAUCAUCAGUGCUUACAAUUUUAAUUAUAAGCAUAAGAAGUGGGAACAUUAAACUACAAAUGUAUUAAAGGCUCUACUGACUUCCAUAGUCCUAACUAUGCUAGCUUGUUUCCAGGCUACUUGAAAAAAUUAGAGGAGCAUAUUGUGGUAUUUAAAUAACAUUUUAGGUAAAACAUUUCAUAUUUUGGAUGGCAAUGAUUUGUCCAGUUAAGUCCAUUGUCUCCAGUGAGAAUGCAUUGUAUUUCAUGGAACACAGGAUUGCAAUUUAUUUUGCCUGCUAUUUCUUUCUGUUAUUCACAUUGAUUAAGAUUUCUGUUCAAGCCUCAAGGAUAAUUAUGGUAAAAGAAAAGCUCACUUGAAUCAUACAUCAAGAAUUUGAACUCUUCUAUGCAUAGCAGGAGCCAUUGUUUUAUAGCAAAAGGCCAGAGGGGUGGCAGACAAAAGUAUGAACCAGAAAAUUACUGUUUGUGCAGUGCUAAGAUAAGCAACACAACUAAAUUAUUAGUUCACAUUGGCCUCUUUAAGAUGUGUUCUGAAAUGCACCAUGCAUUUAACAUUUCCUUGUAGAAGUCUGUAAACUUUUGGCAGACUAGGGUGAUUGCAAAUUACAUUUAUUAAUGCUAUCAUACAUAUAAUACCAGCUAUGCACAUAAUAGAAUAAGCCAUAUUAGGAAACAUGGCACAUGGCCUUUCCUUUAUAUAUUCAUUGGAUCUGUUUUCUGUUUUAAAUUUUCAUUAUAUUUCCUUUGUAAGUUUGCUGCACUUGUAAUAUUUUCCCAUUUAUAGAUUACUGGUGUGCUUAAAAAUAUUGGGUUGGAUUCAGACAUACUCAUGCUCAGAGCAGACCCACUGAAAUCAAUAGGACAACUUAGUCAAGACUAACUGAAAUCUCAUCAGUUUCAGUGGAUAUAUUCUAAACAGAACUGUGUCUGCAUCUAGCCAUGAUAUAUUUGUCAGAUUUAUUGGGCACAAUCUGUGACAAAUUUGAAGUCUUCAGUAAGACGGUAUGCAUUAUUGUAUGUCAAAUGGCAUUGUGUGACUGUCAGAAGAAAAGUACAGAUGGUAUAUUCCCAAAUUUUUGUAAAAUGGAGGGGUUUUGCAUACAUUUUUACUCUUUAAGGACACAUACUCUGCUAAUUAUGUAUUUCUUUUUGCGUUGAACUUUUUGGUAAUUUUACAUGAAACAAUUAUUUUCUAUUUUUACUCUAAAAUAUUUGUGCAUAAAAUUGUCAAUAUAGUAAAGUAAGAAAAUAAAAUUUUACACAGCAAAAA